UAAAAUCUCCCCUACCAAAUUCAUGUUUAUUGUCUGACGCGGUUACAGCAACUCGCCAUUAUAAACGACGUUCCGUGAACUACUGUUUAUCUCUUUUUGUCAUCAGAGAAAUAUUGAAAAAUGCCUGAAAACGUGUUGAAUGGAGAUCAUGCAGCUGAAAUAAAUGGUGGUGGUGGCGGAGAGCCACAUGAAACUGAUGAAGAAGCAGCUGAAGAUGAUCUGCACUUUGAGCCUAUAGUUUCUUUACCACUGAUCGAUGUAUCAAACAAUGAAGAGGAGGAAGUUGAAAUGAUAAAAUUGCGGGCAAAACUUUAUCGUUACGAUUCAUCGCUGAAUCCAGCAGAGUGGAAGGAACGUGGAACCGGAGAAGUGAAACUCUUAAGACAUAAAACAAAGCAUACAGUUAGGGUUGUAAUGCGUAGAGACAAAACUUUGAAAAUCUGUGCUAAUCACUUUAUCACCCCAUGGAUGGAAUUGAAGCCGAACUGUGGUAGUGAUCGUGCAUGGGUUUGGAGUGUCCUUGCUGACUUCGCAGACGAACAGAUCAAACCCGAACUUCUCGCCAUAAGAUUUGCGAACGCUGAAAACGCAUUACUCUGGAAGGAUGCGUUUGAAAAGGCGAAGAAAAUAGUGGGCACGGAGUGUGAAAUUUACUCUGGCAAGCCGAAUCCAGAUGAUUACACCCCUGAAAGCGAAAGCGACAGUUGCAGUGAAGUGAGUUACGGCGAGGAAAGCGAUGACGAGGAAAGCAAACUUUCGAAAAGCACAAAAGAAAGUGCUGAUAUUAGUAAUCUACUAAAGGCUUCUGGAGAGCAUGAAUCCAAAGAAACCCACAAAGAGAAUGAUGUCGCGACGAAAAACACGGAGGAAGUUACAGUUGGUCUCGAAAAACUCAACGUAAAAAAUAAUUGCAAUAAUUAAGAAUUAAAUAAUCAGACUUAUAUUUGGAGUGAACAUUCCAAUAUGCAUGCCCACACACACACACACACACACACACACACACACACUAAACACGCUACCGCCCACCCACCCAAAUGUACUUCGUAUACGCCCACUUAUAGUUGCAAACGCAUUUUAUAUAUUAUGAAUACGAGAUUUAAUUAUUGAAUUUUUAUUGCUGAAGAAUAAACAAUGAAAUUGUUAAUAAUAACAGACCGGUUGAAUGACUUCAAUUUUUAUUGAUAAGAUGAUAUUUAUACUGAUGUUGUACAUGGAAUCUGUGAUUUUUUUAACGAACCGAAGCGACAGAAUUUAUACUAGAACAAUUUAGCCACAUAUAAUAGUGAGAUCUGUCAUACAAAGGUAAUAAAUAGAUUCUUAAGUA